AUGUCAGGCGACGACGCGGAAUUGACCAAGUCGCUCAAUCAUCUCGACCUGAAGGACGCCCAGGACACCGACGCUUUGCGUACUCAUGACCACGGCGAUCAUCGAGUACUGUCUUCUUCUUUUACCCCCGGCUCGGACGCGGCGGGUUCUGCGGGUGCGGAUAGGCUCAUGGAGGUCACUCGAGACGUUGUAUCAUCUCCCCCCACCGAUCGAACCCCUGAUGCUCUUCCCUCGUCCAUACAUCCCGAUUUCUCCGUCCAGACCAGCGACGACUUUCUGUUAGUCACCGACGACGACGUUGGCUUCUAUGUCAACCGAGAUUUCCUCCUGGAGCACUCUGAUUUCUUCCGUGACUUUGAAGAGAUGGAUUCAGAUAUCAGACAAUACGACGAUGCUGGGAAAGGUCGUACCCAAGCUGUGCGAAGAGAUAUGCCGGGGGCGCUGUCAAACGGCUUGCGGGUGGUGUUGCUCAAGGUCAAAGAGACAAAAUACUGGCCUGACCGCUAUGACAGGAAUCAAAAAGUAUUCCGCUCCCAGCGAAUUUGGGAGUACGAUCAUGAGGACCUGGCACCUGCUUUCAGCAUCUCCAACCAGUACGGCUUCACCAGAUUCUCAGCCCAGGCUCGCUUGAGCAUCGCCACAACGUCUGCUUGGUUCCGAUACCUCUACGCCGCGUUCGAGGCCGACGAAACGGUUGCUAAAGCCAUUGCAAAAUCAACUCUGCUUUGGGACCUUACGGAGUCGUGUCCAGAGCCCAUACUUCCCGUCCUCGACAAGCACCAAGCCUCUUAUGCCGCGCUUCUGAGAGAGAUACACCGGCGAAACCCAUUCUCCAGGUACAAAGGCCCCUAUCGCCUAUCAUCGUCCUCUGCAGCCAACCAUGACUUCCUGAAAAAGUCACAAGCCCAUUUUAAGAAAAAGAGAUUAGUGGAGUGCGGUGGGGCGUGUACUUGCAAGAAAUCUGGAUUUUGGUGGGCGGCCGCCAGUCAGUCGGGUGGGAAGGCUCUCCGACGCAAUCUCGAAUUGAGGCUCGGCCGCGAUGACGAAAGCCUGUGGUCUGACAUCGAAGUGUCAAUCCGGCUCGCUGUUGAUUGUCUAGACUGCAGUGAUUCGGUUAUACGAUCUUUCAAACCCCUGUGGGACGACUUAGCCGCUCUUUGGCAGUAA